AUGGACGGAGUGUAUUUGGAUGAGAACGGGGAACUGGCAGCUGACUUGGACAUUGUGAACUGGAUGGUGUUUCCAAAUCGGUCCCUUCUUAGAGAGAUCAUUGGGAUCAUAAAUAGACAGAAAUCCCUAGACCUAAAGUGCACCAUCGACCAGAAUGCCACUGUGUGCCCCAAAUGGCUCAACAAGCCCCUGCCUACUUCCAGGUGUGUGGAAAGUUGCCAGCCCGGAUUCUUCAAGGUAGUUCAGGAAGGAAUGCUGCUCUGCUGCUAUGACUGCGUUCCCUGUGUGGAAGGAACAAUGGCCACUCAGGAAGAUGCAGAGCGUUGCACCAGGUGUCCAGAAGAUCAGCAUCCAAACAAGAACAGAGAUCAAUGUUUGUACAAGAUCAUCACUUUUCUGGCUUACGAAGAACCUUUGGGGAGCUUCCUAGCUUCCUUUGCCCUAUUCUUAUCCCUAACCACGUGUGUUGUGCUAGGAAUAUUCAUUAUAUUCUGGGAAACUCCCAUAGUCAAAGCCAACAACCGGAACCUCUCCUAUAUCCUCCUCAGCUCCCUCCUGCUUUCCUUUUUGUCCUCCUUCCUCUUCAUUGGAAGGCCAAGGAAAGUGACCUGCCUUCUCCGACAAAUGGCCUUCAGCAUCAUCUUCUCAGUUGCCAUCUCUUCUGUUUUGGCCAAAACCAUCACUGUGGUGCUGGCCUUCCUGGCCACAAAACCAGGGAACAGGGUGAAGAGAUGGCUGGGGAAGAGUCUGGCCAACUCCAUUGUCAUUUCCUGUUCCAUUGUCCAAGUUGUCAUCUGCACCAUUUGGCUGGGAAUCUCUCCUCCCUUCCCAGAGUCUGACAUGCAUUCCCAGCCCAGAGAGAUCAUCCUGCAAUGCAAUGAAGGGUCUAUUGCCAUGUUUUAUGCUGCCCUCGGCUACAUGGGCUUCCUGGCCUCCAUCUGCUUCACAGUGGCUUUUCUGGCCAGGAAACUGCCUGGGGCCUUCAAUGAAGCCAAGCUGAUCACCUUCAGCAUGCUGGUCUUCUGCAGUGUUUGGGUCUCCUUUGUGCCCUCCUAUCUGAGCACAAAGGGGAAAUACAUGGUGGCUGUGCAGAUCUUCUCUAUCUUGGCUUCCAGUGCUGGGCUUCUGGGCUGCAUCUUUGUUCCCAAGUGCUACAUCAUUGUACUCAGGCCUGAUUUGAAUACAAAGGAGCAUCUGACAACAAAAGCUGGUUCUUAA